CAGCUACGCCCCUUCCUCCCCCAGUGCCUGUCUACCCACAUUUGAUGCUUGGGGUUAGAAAGGCUGACCUUGUAGCCCCUCACCUUCCCUCCCCAACGCACUGGGCUGGCUCAGCAGUUGACCAAUGAGAGUUAUGCUUGCAGGCCAGCCUUGGACGAGUGGCCCAGGAGCUGUUUGCAAGGCUGUGUUGAAGCUACUUGCAACUAGACCAUCUUCCUAGCUUGAUCAUGAGCUUUGUUCAAAGCGUCUCUGCUCAGUCUCCACUGUAGCUCUGUAAGCACUGUAUGAGCUCAGAGCGUGUGAUGUUGUCUGUCUUCCUCCUGCCUGGCUCACGUGGCUCCUGCCCUUCUACAUGGCUUGGGGUGGUCACGGACACAGGCCAGAGAGCUGGCCCAAACAAUCCUGGUGACAGAGAAGGGGACCUUCAAGAGCUGUGGCAGGAACUCCACCAGCUCCAGGCUAAGCAGAAGAAGCUCAAGAGAGAGGUCGAGAAGCACAAGCUUUUUGAAGACUACCUGAUUAAGGUCCUUGAGAAAAUCCCCGAGGGCUGCACCGGAUGGGAGGAGCUGGAGUUGGGGCUGGUGGAGGCCAUGGUGAAGCACUACAGAAAGCUCUUCGCAGCCAGCCAAGACAUGCAGAUGCGCCUCGACGCCUUCUCCCAGAUGAGCCAGGCCGUCCACCGGAACCUGGAGUCGCGAGAGAACCACAGGGCUCUCAUGCCGAGCCUCAAGAUCCCGCUGUGUCAGCUGCAGAAGAAGUGUCACCGCAAGCAGGAGCAGUGGUGGCAGCUGAAGCGUGGUGUCACCUACCAGAAAGACACUGACUUUGACACACACACACACACCAGUAGCAGCUAUAAUGAUCAGCUGCUCAGCCACACGCAAAUGACCAUCAACAACAUGGCCCAGCAGUGCUGCCCUUCUGCCCACGGCGUGCCCAAGAGCAUGAGUCUCUUCUCGAAGCUCGAUCUGAUUAAGGAGUUCAUGUUGAACAAAAUGGAGACUGUGAGAGUGAUCGAACUGCUCAUGGAACCCAGAGUGUGCUGGUCAUGGGACAGCUUCAGGGACCGGGAGCUCAGAAGACACCCCAGACCCUUCAGGAAACAUCCAAAGAGUCAGGUUUCUACCUCCAGGACCCCCUUUCCCAGCCCUCGUACUUCAGAGUGCUCUAGCCUGCACUGACCGGCCUGCACCUUGCCAGCCCCGAGGCAUCACGACCUCUCCUUACCUGCCUGGCCUCCUUUUCUUGCCACUGACACCUCCAAGCCAGUGGGAGAGAUUCUGGGGGCUCUGAGGGGGUGGGCAGGGUCCUGGACCCAUCUGGGGUUGGGGGUGCUGCUCCCCAUCCUGGGGAAUUGGCAGGGAUCCAGGUGAGGCCUGCCUGGGAUCGGGGAGAGAGAGGCAGGUUCCUGAGUUGGGGGCAGGAAGGCCCAGGGCUGAAGACUCCCCACCUGUAAGCCAGGGCUGCAUCUCACUUUCAUGGUGGGCGCCUGAGACAGGAGCUUUGGACAGAUGCUUGGCUGCUGGGAAUGUCCCAGUCACAGGAGCUCUAUAAAGACCCACCAGGGCCAUGGGAUCCAUGGGAGUUCACCUUGCCCACAGCAGACUGCAGAGCUAAUGGGGGCGCGGAAGGAGGGAGCAUCUCAUCACUGGUUUUUGGAAGUUGAGCACCAGGUUGGUAUCUUCUGCCCAUC